AUGUUAAACCGAAAUUUAACUGCCCUUCGUGUACUUCAAAUCGAAUACCCAAAAUGUCAGGAACUUCGUUCUCGACUAGAACUUCUUUCAACACAAUUAUGUUCUAGUGCAGCUUCACAAAUCUUUCAAAGGGAAUGUGCUGACAGUGAAACAGUUAGCAUUCAUAUAUUAAAUGUCCUUAGAAGGUUAUUACCUCCAAGCAUUAUGUUGCCUCCAAAUCGCCUUCAAGAACUUUUAAAGCAAUGUUUGUAUUCGUUAAAAGAAAUUUUCUUAUAA